AUGUCACCAGGGCCAGUACUUAAGAAUCAUCCUAAACCUCUUUCAGUGUGUGAUUCGUGCUUCUCUCGAAAGGUCCGUUGUGACAGAGGCAACCCAUGUGGUAAUUGCCAGGAUAACAAUACCACAUGCUCUCGUCUGCGAGUCAGGAAGCGAGCAAGGAACACUACUCAGCUAGCAGUGAUAGAAAACAGAGGCCAAAUACGUCCAAAAUCACCCCAGGCCACAAACCCUCAAGAUCCGCAAAAUUCAUUAUUAGGACCACGCGAUUAUUCUGCAGCCAUAUACGACAGCUACUCCAGGCUGGACUAUCACCAGUCUCGCGGGGCAUCUUCGGGUUACGAUAAGCCUCUCUCGCUUUGUGAUGCCCAUACAACCAUUCAAUAUCACCUGGAUCAUCUGGAAUGGCUCACCAUCAAUCGCCGCCAGAUCUUGGAAUCUGGGUUGCGGCUGGCUUCUCAACUCUCCGAGAGUUUUGAGGACCCGGUGCACGUUGUUAGUGACAUCACUGUCGAAGAACAAAUAAGAACGCCUUCUUUUGAAUUAUUAGCCUGGAUGUUAAAAGACAUCAAGGAGUCGAGCCUUGGCCCAUUUGUUAGGGACUACUUCAGACACAUAUCUGAAGCAACACUAAAGCAAAUGGGGCUCACUUUGCUUCAUAGGACUGGAUCGCCUCACGACGUGCUCAUCAGCACUGUUUGCGUCAAUGCUGUGGCUUCCAAGUUUCUGACUGCCAUCACCAACACUGGAAUUGACAGUGAGCUGACCCAUGAAAUGACACAUAGCGUGGUGCAAUUCCAGGCCUCAGCAAAAGUAGCCCUUCGAAGCAUUUCUCUCUUAAAGACUCCGUCGCUCGGACUCUUGCAGGCGCUUCUUUCCGGUAUAUUCCUCUAUCAAGGAUCCGGGGACAUCACUGCAUGCUGGGAACUUACCAAAGCUGCCUGCAGGGUGUGUGUCAGUCUGGGCCUUGACACUACCAUGAAGACCAGAGGCACUGUGAGUGAAGAAGAAUAUUACUGUGUCGCCUGGUGCUAUGUCCUGGAUAAGAAUUUUGCUUUCAAGGUGGGGAGAUUCGAGACUUUACUUGAUAUUGAAAUUGGACACUUCACCUCCGACCAAUCCAGCCGUCAACACUCCACGUCAGACCUCUUUCAGAUCUACAUGAGUCUUGCUGGAGUACAGGCUGCUGUGCUGCCGUACCUUACGUGGCACUCCUCGAUGCUGACAGGUGGUUUAUCAUCUUCACAUGGAAUGGGCAAACAUUGGUUGGUGAAUAUGCAACAAAUCCAAGAGAGGAUCGAGCGAAUCUCGGGCCCGUAUCCAGCGUGGAAAGGGCUAGAUGCUCAGUCUGAAAUAUCAGCUCUUCAAUUCGCCUAUCAUUCGGUCAUGACCACCAUCUUCCAUAUCACUGGAGGUGCCGUAAACCAGUCCGUUGGCAUAAGGAAGCAGUGUUUGUUAGAAGCCCACCAUGGCAUAUCUUCACUGGUGUCGAUAUGUAUAUCAGCCGAAAGGCAAGGCACGGUGGCCCUGUUGCACUGGACACUUCUCGUCUACCCUAUCACCGCAUACUUUGUGUUAUUCUGCAAUGUCGUCGCAACAUCAGAUACUGAUGAUUUCAAACUCAUGACAACGAUUGCCGAUUGCUUGACACGCAUUGAAACGACAAGUCGUCCAAUUAUCCAAGUGCGCGCAAUCUUCCGUCCCUUUUUAUCUCUCGCUGCGAAAGUUUUUGAAGAUGAGUCUAAUCCAAUGGUGGUAACUCGAGAUCAUCAAGUACCGCCCGCACAGUCUCACUCGAAUACAUUGCAUUGGAUGCCUGACAGCCUAUUUCUCUAUUCGACGGCUGACGCCAUUCCUCCUUUUGCCCCAUCCCUACCGUCUGGAAUGGAGGGUUUCUCUGGGAUGCUGUCCAUCUUUCCGGAGAAUGAGAUGUUCACACCCUUUAGCGAUCAUUUUCCUGAGUUUGGAAACGAUUCUAGCAUCUGA